CUCUGCGCAAGUGCCGCUCUCCGUGCCUCUGCCAGCGCGCACAUCACUCUACUCACCGGAGCGCCUGGCUGCCGUUGACGUCCGGGUUGGGCGAGGGCGAGUCGGCGGCGCGGCCCUUGUUGCUGAAGCUCUUGCGGCGCGAGCUGCGCGACUGGGAGCGCGCCAUGUCGCCGUUGGGCGCACUCUGCUGCUCGUUGGCGCUCGAGGGCCGGCGCGAGCGCAGCAGUGCGUCCGUGUUGGACACGGGGCUGGCAGGCUCGGGCGAGGCCUCUGCCGGCUCGGCGGCCAUGCUGGCGAGGAUGGAGCGGCGCGAGGUGGAGACGCGCGGGCCCAGCGUGUCGGCGGGGUUCGCUACGGCGGCCAUGGUGGGCAGUAGCGGAGGGGUGGUGGUGAGAGGAGAGGAGCAGAGAGCGUCAGCUGGGACAAGAGGUGGAUGCCAGGCGGCGAGCAGACGCCGGCAGGAUGCAAAGCGGGCCCAGACGUGCAGCAGCAGCAGCGCAGCAUCCACGCCGGAGCGGCAUCAGCGCGGCGGCGCCCGUGCCUGGAGAAAGGCCGCUCCGCUGUCCGCCCAUGCCGCUGCCGCGCCUUGCCUCUGCAGGCCCGAAUCUCUGGCGCACCCCGCGCCCCACGCCCGCCGUUGCGGUGCCGGCUCUGCGCCUUUUCGCCCUCGCUGUGCGACUCACCUCGACGGCGCGGCGCCCGCACCGAGGCCGGCCGCUCAGCCGACGACGGGUCGAGGAAGAGGUAGUGCUGGCCCAUCGCUGGCAGCGGGCACGGCGGCAGUCGAGGCGGGGCAGGCGCUGCUGUGUCGUGCGGUGCUGCUCCACUCGCUGCGAGGCAAAAGUCAGCGUCAGCGCGGCGCGGGGCCAGACACGGUCUGCGGAGCGCGGCUUGGUGACGGCACGGCAGGACAGAUGAUGCGCACGAAGUGUGAGGGACGGGCGCGGCGCGAGUAUCGCCGCGGGGACGACGUGAAAGGGCAGCUGCGGGGUGCGGAGAAGGAAGCGUGGAGCCUAGCGUAGGUGGCGAGACAGCGAGGCGCGAAGGCAGCCUGGCAGCACAGCAGCUGCGCUCCCGUGCCGCGGCGCUCGGCGAGAGCGACGGCCUCUCUGCGCGCCGCGAAC